AUGUCAGCGUCCUCCCCAGAAUGCUUUGGGAAACUCUGGCUGGGUGGAGAACACGCCUCUGGCGAUGUCCACAUGUUGCAGAGCCAUUGCAUCACCAUAGUGCUCCCAGCAAGCAGGAAGCCUGCGCCAGCUGAGUCGCUCAACAUCAAGGUACUUGAUUACGUGGAUGGUACUGCUCUCGCCGCAGGCGAUGUGAGGCUGGAAGAUUUUCUGGCAGUGGCUGACAAGGUCAUCGACUACCUCCAGAAAGGGCAUGGAAUUUUGGUCUGCUGCAAGAAUGGGGCGCAUAGGAGUGCGACGCUGACCGUCCUCUUGGUGAUGAGACUCACCGGGUGGGAUGCCAUGAGGGCAUUCAACUAUGUGUCGCAAUUGAGGAACAUCGUGGACUUGACUUCUGUGGCUCCUCCAUCGGCCCACAGACGACACCAGCCCAGACCCAUUGAGUUUUUGCAGUCGCAGGAAGACAGGAUCAUAGCCAAUGCCUUCGACCUAGCUGGGAACUUGGUGGUGACCCCCAUCAGCUAUCGGAAGAAGGCCGCUGAGCUGGGCUUUGAAACCAUCGGUUCCAGAGCAAAAAGCAUGCCUGGUCCAAAGAAAGGUCCAUCAAGCGAGCACGCUUGGACGAGUAAGGGGGUUGCGGAUUUUUUCGUGGUGAGCGACGACCUCAAGACACCAGCAGCCAGGGCUCAGAAGCUGAAGGACCUGUGCUCUGAACUGGAAGCAUUGGACGCCAAGCUCCUGAGCGCUGUGACCUCUGGCCAGACCUGCCCCAAAAAGCCUGAGCCUGAGCCUCACUCUUCUGCAGCGGCACAGCCGGCGACACAGGAACCAGCUGAGGCCGAGCCAAACGAGGCCAUGCCACAGAGGCCGCACGAAGAGGGCAGCGAGGCCACAGAGCCAGCGGCACAGGGACUUAGCGCAGAAGUCAAGGCCGAACCCCAAGACCGCGGCAACGACAUGGACGUUGACUAUGACCCCGACGACAAGGAGGACGAGGCGAAUGAGCCUCCAGCAACUGAGGCCAAACCAGUUGACUUUGCUUCCCUGGCAGCAAAGCAGGAAAGUGAGGUGCGGGAAGAGGUCAUGGACCGUGUUUUGGCUCUCUUGGAGCAACAAAAGGUCCAGCGCCAAGCGAUGAUGGCCCGCCAGGAGGAGGAGCAGCUUCGUGCUAACUGGCAAGACGAAGCGUUCAGGGCGGUGCUUGGAGCAGAUCCUCUCAAGGCUUUGCCUUUGUUGGAUGAAGCGAAUUCAGCCACAAUUCUCCAGAUGGUGGACGGGAAUGGGCUCAACUUGCUCCACAACGCCGUUCGUGUCAUGUGCUGGCCGGUCGUCCAGCGACUGAUCAACCUCAAUCCAGCUGUGGUCGACCAGCUCACCAGUCCACAAGCACGACCAGCGCACUGGAGUGCCCUCAUGGUCCUGGUGGAUACAAAUGCGGUCGGUGACCAGGAAGCAUACGGAGCCAUUUUGACUAUGCUCCUGGAGGCCAUGAGCUUGGCCACCUUGGAGGCAAGGGCAGCCAACGGCAAUACAGUGUUGCAUUUGGCAGCGGGGCAGGGCAAUUUCUGGACAAUGAGGAAGAUCGUGUGGGAGAUAUACCACAAAGCAAGCGGCAACCAAGCGGCCUUUGGCCUGGUGAGUUCUUUGCUCAACUUGCCUGAUCGAAAAGGCGCUGGCUGUGUGGACCUUGCCCUUCGCUGCAACAUGAAUUUGGCCAACUGGCUGCAGAGGCAGUGGAACGCCAAGGCCUUGUU